AUGGGUCGUAUGCAUGCUCCCGGAAAGGGUAUCUCCUCCUCUGCUCUUCCCUACCGUCGUGCCCCCCCAUCAUGGCUCAAAACGACUCCCGACGACGUCGUUGACCACAUCGUCAAGCUGGCAAGGAAGGGUCUUACCCCCUCGCAGAUUGGUGUUGUCCUCCGUGAUUCGCACGGUAUCCCCCAAGUAAGGUUCGUCACGGGUAACAAGAUUUUGAGGAUCCUCAAGUCCAACGGAUUGGGCCCAUCCAUCCCUGAGGACCUGUGGCACCUCAUCAAAAAGGCGGUCGCCGUCCGCAAGCACCUUGAGAUCAACAGGAAAGACAAGGACUCCAAGUUCCGUCUCAUUCUCAUCGAGUCGCGUAUUCACCGUCUUGCUCGUUACUACAAGACGAAGCAGCAGAUUCCUCCCACCUUCAAGUAUGACUCGGCGACCGCAUCGACAUUGAUUGCUUAA